AUGUGUCCUCCGGGUGCCUGUAGACUGGGCAUGUGCGAUCCAAGAAGCUGCAUGGGCGGAAAAAUGUGCUUUGAGGCAGACAACUGCAAAUUUGGUGUAAUAGGUGCUCCAUGUGACAUGAAUGCUUGUCGGAUGUCAGCAAACAGAUUACUGGGUGGAUGCCCUCCUCGUUCUAGCAUUUCUCCGGAUAUAAUGGCUGGCACUAAAUGUUCUUUAUGUCCUCCUAGUUCUCCAAACACACGUAACGGUGUUAGUUCAUCUUGUCGAUGUGACCCUUCAAACAUUUCGGCCGCUUGUAAAUGCUCUCCGUCUUCGGUUAAUUUUCGGCAGCAACGUCGCAGUGUACCUGUGAGAUGUCACUAA